CCCCCCCCCUUCGGCUGUGCCGUACGUAUUAUCUGGAUUAUUUUGAUCCCAGCCCCGUAGCCCCCUGCCUGCGUUGGCGAACGCUCCGGCUCCUCCUCUCCCCCGGGAACAUCCAGCAAGAAAUCAGGCCGGGAGAUUUGACGUCAGGGAGCGCUUUCGUCCUUUUGACGUGGAAGCGCUCAUUCCCAUUCUGGCCGUGGCGGCUCCGAGCCCGGCUCCAGCAUGAGACGAGCAGAGAGCGAAGGAGGCGACGGCGGCGAGGCACUUUCUUAGCAACUGCCCGCUCCUUCCUCUCCCGUAGCAACCAGAGCCGAAGGGACUUUCCUCGCCUCCUCCAGCAACGCUUCCCCGACUUCUCCGGCUGCCUCCUAUUCGCUAGCAUUCAUUUCCUCUCCCCCCCCCCCCCGGGGAAGUAGCCCUUUCGCUCUGCCAAAAGGGGCCAUGGAAAAGAGAUGCCGGGCAGGGCAGGGCGUGAUCGGGGCUCUCCUCUGCGCCUGGACGGUGGUCCUGCUGGCCAAGGCAGAGCGGCAGUUUGUCAAUGAAUGGGCAGCCGAGAUCCCGGGAGGUCUAGAAGCCGCGCGGCUCAUAGCAAACGAACUGGACUACGAACUUCUGGGACAGAUUGGGUUACUGGAAAAUCAUUAUCUACUUAGACAUAAGAACCACCCUAGAAGAUCUCGACGAAGUGCUUCUCAUAUCACUAGACAACUGACAGAUGAUGAUCGUGUAACUUGGGCAGAACAACAGUAUGAAAAAAAGCGAAUUAAGCGUUUUGAAUUUGGAGACUCAGCAGAAAAUCUAUUCAAUGAUCCAAUGUGGAGCCAACAAUGGUACCUGCAAGAUACAAGAAUCAACCGAUCUUUGCGCAAAUUGGAUCUCCAUGUCCUUCCAGUCUGGCAAAAGGGCAUCACAGGCAAAGGAGUUGUCAUAACAGUGCUUGAUGAUGGCUUGGAGUGGAAUCACACAGACAUUUACUUUAACUAUGAUCCUGACGCAAGUUAUGAUUUCAAUGACAAUGAUCACGAUCCAUUUCCCAGAUAUGAUCCUACAAAUGAAAAUAAACAUGGUACACGAUGUGCAGGAGAGAUUGCCAUGCAAGCAAACAAUCUAAAAUGUGGAGUUGGAGUAGCAUACAAUUCCAAAGUUGGAGGGAUCAGAAUGCUGGAUGGCAUAGUCACAGAUGCCAUUGAAGCUAGUUCAAUUGGGUUCAAUCCUGAUCAUGUGGAUAUUUACAGUGCCAGUUGGGGUCCAAAUGACGAUGGGAAAACUGUUGAGGGACCUGGCAGACUAGCCCAAAAGGCUUUUGAAUAUGGAAUUAAAAAGGGAAGAAAAGGGAAAGGUUCCCUUUUUGUCUGGGCUUCAGGGAAUGGUGGCCGCCAAGGAGAUAAUUGUGACUGUGAUGGUUACACAGACAGCAUCUACACAAUCUCAAUCAGCAGUGCUUCACAGCAAGGCCAUUCUCCUUGGUAUGCAGAGAAGUGUUCCUCAACGUUGGCCACAGCAUACAGCAGUGGGGACUAUUCCGACCAGAAAAUUAUAAGUGCGGAUCUACACAAUGAAUGCACCGCCACUCAUACGGGGACUUCUGCAUCUGCUCCUUUAGCCGCAGGGAUUUUUGCUCUAGCCCUAGAAGCAAAUCCUAAUCUAACCUGGAGGGAUAUGCAACAUUUGGUAGUAUGGACAUCUGAAUUUGAUCCACUGGCCAACAAUCCAGGAUGGAAGAAGAACGGAGCUGGGCUGAUGGUGAACAGCCGAUUUGGAUUUGGAUUACUCAAUGCUAAGGCACUGGUAGAUUUGGCUGAUCCCAAAAGCUGGAAAGGAGUGCCAGAGAAGAAAGAAUGCAUAGUUAAGGACAGUGACUUUCAGCCGAGGUUAUUAAAAUCUAGUGGUGAAGUUACCAUUGAAAUUCCUACCACAGCUUGUGAAGGCCAAGAAAAUGCCAUUAAAUCCUUGGAACAUGUACAGUUUGAAGCAACAAUUGAAUAUUCCCGCAGGGGUGACCUUCACGUGACCCUGACUUCCCCAUCAGGGACAAAAACAGUCUUACUGGCUGAACGGCAAAGAGAUAAAUCACCCUAUGGUUUUAAGGACUGGGAUUUUAUGUCAGUUCACACCUGGGGUGAAGAUCCAACAGGAACAUGGAUUUUAAAAAUAAUUGAUACGACUAAAAGAAUACAAAAUGAAGGCAGGAUUGUGAACUGGAAAUUGAUUCUGCAUGGCACUUCUACGCGACCUGAACAUAUGAAGCAACCUCGCAUCUAUACAUCAUACAACACUGUCCAAAAUGAUAGGAGAGGGGUGGAAAAGAUGAUAGACUCUGUGGAGGACCACACCAGCCAAGACAACCUGAGUGACAAACACAAAGUGAGAGGAAGCAAACAGCAGAACCAAGAUGUGGUUCCUUCUGAUGCAAUGCUCCGUCUACUCCAAAAUGCAUUCCAUAGUCAGCUGGUUGGGAAUCAUUUACCAAAGAAGAUGCUAAAUGAAAACACAGAUAUUCCAUAUGAACAUUUCUAUCAAGCUCUCGAGAAACUAAACCAAGGCCCCCAGCUGAGAGACUCAGAGGAGUCUCUAUAUAGUGACUAUGUUGACCUUUUUUACAAUUCAAAAUCAUAUAAACACAGGGAUGACAGACUACUUCAAGCUUUAAUUGAUAUUCUAAAUGAGGGAAAUUAAAAAAAAAAAGUCCUUGGCAGAAACACUAGGUUGGAAAUAUUCACAUCUGUAAUGCACUCCAAAUUUCAGACUAAGUGUCAUCUUUCCAUGAAUACAAUUGGUAUUAUUCUAUAUUUAACAAUCACGUAAAGAAUGAGGAAAACAAACAGUUUGUUAGAUAUGAAAUGACAACCUAUUUAUUCAAAGCAACCAAUAAUCCUUUCAGAUAGGGCCUCCUUCAGGAACGAGUAAAACCAAUAUCUCUAGGAAAUAGCAUAAAUUCACUGCAACAGUUGUGUUUAUCAUCCCUCUACAAACUACAAAUAUUUUAGGUUUUAUUUCCACUGGCCUAUCUCAAAAUGUAACAUUGUUUGGAGAUACUAGGAGACUUGUCUGUCUUUCUAUUAUGGUCCCCGGGCACAAAAAGGCAUAGUGUUAGAAAGCCACAUCCAUGCUUUAGGUAUAUAAUACAUUUAAAAGGUAGCUCAGUUGAGAUUGAAAGGGGCCCAAGCUAAAUGUGCAAUCAAUGAUAUUUCAGGCAGAAGGAAUAUGUCUUCCCACUGAUUUAGUGAGCACUAUCCUGUACAUGCUUGCUACUUGAUAAAUCCCAUUAAUUCCAGUGGGUCUUACUCUCAGAUAAAUAUGCAUAGGAUUAUAACUCUAUUGAAUUCAUGGGGAAGACUUGGAGAAGAAACAAGACAGUGUCCUCAUAAUACCCUACCAAUUUCUUUCAGCCCAAAUAUUGAAAUGUAUUUACUUUAGAUCCAGUUUUUAGUUCCUUUUCCCUUACAGCUUCCUUCCUUCUCCCUUUGUUUGGUAAAUCUAAACAAACAUGGUACCUCUUCAUUCUGUUAUUUUCAUCAGGAGAACUCCUUAUUACAUUAGACAAGCCAGGCACAGAUUUUGGAAAAAUCAAAGUUUCUAUCCUGUUUAUUUCAGAGGAGAGUUUGUCCUUGUUUAUCUCACAAGAAGAGUUUACUAGGAAAAGCAGUCUGUGGUAAUUGGAGUUGAGUCCUAAUGGAAAAGCAUUAGAUUUUCUUCUUCACUUGUAUGAAUGUCAGCCUUUGCUAGGCUCUCAGGUUCAUACAGUUCAAGAGAUAGAAUUCUCAGAAGAGAGAGAUUAUUUUUUUAAAAAAGAAAGAAAAUUCUAAAUAUAAAUGUCAAAACACUGAAUAGCAUUAUAAUUGGUAUUCUAUUUUUUUUCACCCAAUGAUGUUACUUUUUCCAGCACCCAGUUGAGAGACUGAUAUCUGUUCAAAACUGAUAUGAUAAGCCGAUAACCAAAAACCAGAGGGGUUUUUUAAAGUAAUAAAAUAUUCCUUUUUUUAAAAAAAUGGUUUGGCUGUUACAUUACACAUGGCAGCAUUUAUAGAGAAUAAGGAUUAGGGUGAAGUCUGUCAGAGACUAAAAUAGAUAAAAAUAUGGAAAAGAAAUCAUGAAGAAAAAAAUAGACAUAAAAAGGCUGCAAGAUCAGAAAGAAAGAAAAAAGAAGGGGUGGAAAGCAUUACAGGCUGAAAGCUAUGCCUGAAAAAUUACUUUCUCAUUUAACAAAAGGUAUGAGAAAAAUCAAUAAGAUUCAAAACAACAUAUAAAUCAUACAGGAUUUUACCUUUUUCCCAAAGUCCAUGUUUUUAGUACAUGUAGCCAGUUAUUAAAAUAAAAACUAUCAUAUUACCAAAAUGUUCUAUUUUUGCCUCAGAAUUACAUUUAGGGCCACGAACAUUAGACUAAGAACAGCGGUUGCUAUCAUGCCUUAGAUUAAUCAAGCCUUCUUGAAUUUUAGCAAGUUGGUCUUAUUGGUUCUGGAUGCUCCAAAAAUGGGCUGGAGGAUUCAUGCAGUCCAUAGUUUGCCAGCACAUGGCUUAAGAUCUCAGAGCAAAAGAUUAUCUUAUUUGGAAAAAGCUUAUUUUCCAUUUAUUUUACUAGUCAUGUGCUUCCAACUACAAAAAUGGAGCAAGAGGGACAUUAUCUCUCCACCAGUUGCAUGGAAAGAUAUCAAUAUCCGUUCUAAUCAUGAUCAGCAUGGAAAGGACAGCAGCCAAGAGCAGCAUGAAAUCAGACACACUUCCUACCUGCUGCUAGUGAUUCCUGGCAGGGAAGGCAAAAAUCUUGGUGGUUUUUUUUUUAAACAUUUUAAUAUUUUGGGAAAAAGUUUUUGUGAAUUUUAUAAAUUCUAUUAAAGGAGCAGAAUUAUAAUAAGAACUGUAAUUAUCUCUUUCCCCUUUAAUUUAAACAUGGUAUUAUUUAUACGCUGAAUACAUUUCAUUAGUAUUUUUCACCAAUAUUCUAUAUUUACGAUAAGAGCAGCAGAAAGUUCAGAGAGAGAAUAAUCUAAAUAGAAAGCACGAAUAGAAUUCAAGAUGUUUCUCAUACAAGGCUAUCAGAAGGAAGAGGAUGUGGUUUUAUUCUCCACAGUGACAAAGGGUAGGACAAGAAGCAAUGGAUGUAAGUUUUAUAGAAAAAGAUAUUUAAACUUAAACUUAAAAUUAGGAGGAAUGUCCUGACUGUGAGAAUAGUUAACUUGCCUCUGAUCCUGGAAGUCUUCAAACAAGGUCAAACAAUCAUUUGUCUGGUGUAAUCUAAGAUUUCCUCCCAUAACCAGAGGUUGAACUAGAAGACUUGCAAGGAAAUCUAUGCUUAUGAGAAGCACACAACAAAUUAUAGGGCAUUUCCUUUAUUAAAUAGUCAAAAGGGAAAGAUAUAUCGCGCAUAUCACUUUGGCUGGAUUCAUACAUAUGUCUUUUCUUUGGUUUUAUGCUAUGUGGUUCCAAACAUUGUUAAAAUACUCCAUAGCUUAAUGCAAAAUCCGGACCCAGUCAGGAUUUGAAUUCUUAUUUCUAACUUAACCUGUGAAGUCUACAAAUUUCUGUCCAGAGGGAACAGCAGUAGCAUUAGUAUAGUGUAAAUUGCCAUUCAAUAACAGCAGUUGCUAGUAUAGUAUAUUAUUGUUAUGCUCCUUUAUAGACAUAAAUUAUACUUUAUUCUUUGUUUACAGUCAGUAUCCAUAUUGUGGCCAAAAUUAAAUGAAAUCUAAAUUAAUCUUGUGCAAAUUCUAAUAAUGUGAAUGUUUCCAACCUAGACUGAAUCCUAAGAAUGCUAAGUUAUUUUGGUUAAGUCUUUUCUUGGUGCCAGUAUGUGUUUGUGAAAAUGUAAAAUGUAAAAUGAAAGACAAAAAUGUUUUAUGUCAAGGAAAAGGAAUUAUAUUUUCUUUACAGGUAUUUAUAAAGUAUUAAAGCUUUUAUCAGAUAUAAUUUAAUUUAAGAAGAAUAAAUUAUGAGAAACUUUAAAAAUAAAUAACAAUUUUUUAUUUGAGCAAAACUGUUUUGUCCAAUAAAGAUUUUUGGAUGGCAUGUUGUAAUUACAACAGCCACAUGUA